UCCCUCGCCAUGGGCCUCACUCGCGCUUGGAACCGCGGCCGGAGCGAGUCGGUCGGUGUUUCCGAGUCCUGUCACUUGAUCUCGUGCACGCGCCACCAGGUGCACCUGCAGGCUCAACGAGUCAUGGCUCUUUGACACUUUUCGGUGUCUAUAAGCGAUGUCUCGUUUCCUGGACGCUCCUAACGAAGAGAGCAACGGAUCCUCUGUAUCGCUCGUCCCCUGCAAAUGAUACAAGAAGACAUACAAGCGGUGACUUCUCCUCACUUCGAGCAGCACUUUUAUGAUUCGACGCCAAGGCUCGAGCAUCUGUCACACCUGAAACCGUAUGCUGAAUGACACAAGAGAUGCAGGUGGGAUUCGACGGGACGUACUUGGUUUCGGUGUGGACACCUGCUCUAACGAGAUAACACCUUGAUAGGGCGGCGUGGUUCAGAUUCUCCUCUUGGGUUAUCCUGAAAUCGGUUGGUCGCCGUGUUUGCCGACAUGGAUGCCUCUUGCCUACGACGUAUUGCCCUCCUGCCGAUAAAGAACCUCCUGCAAUUUCACUGGAUCAAAGAGUAAGGCAAAUGGACAAAAGAAAGACUGCUCUUUCAACAUGCGCAUCGGUGCUACUCUUAGCUUUCCCAGCCGCAACCUAAUCGCUAGCUGCAUGAGCCUGAGUUUUUGUUAAACAAUUACUAGCGCUCCAGCCACUGUUGAAAUGCAUGUUGAGAAACCAUCCAGGACGUUUGAUCCUAGUAGUCUUCUUUCAACAAGCCCAGGAAUGGCAAAAACUCUGCGGAAGUAGAAAAUACCUGCAUGUCGUCAUUGCGCUCGGUGCUUCGAGAGAUACCUCGAAGAAACAUUUGAUUAGAUGCGUUUUUAUUCGCCAGUACUGCUUUUUAUCCUGCACGAGAUUUUCCCCGCAGUAUUCGCUAUUGAAGCAAAAAGUGCAUCGUAACAACUUCAAGAAAGGGAAAAAAAAAUCACCGAAGAUUUAUACAUCGACCCAGAAAAUAAAUUCCAUUGUUUUACCUAAACGUAUUUGGUGUGAAACACAGCACCGGAGGAAAACGGCACGUCUCGGAAAACAGAAGGCCUUCGACAGUGAGAAAUAAUUAACCGAAUGAAUUAACAAGUCUUGAAAGAGCUCUUCGAUGUUUCCCAGGGGGUCGAAAGACCCCUUCGAGGGGUUCGACAACAUUUCAAUAUUUCUUGACAUUCGUUCAUACGGCCGACCCGUGCGAAAAUCUCGCGGGUCAAUUGAAUCCUAUUAAUCCUAAUUGCACAUUGAUGGUGAUACAUAAGGUACUUCCAGUUGACGUUGCAGAAUUGAUCGCAACGUGUUAUGUAAGGCGAACUUCAAUCCCGGUUUAUGUAAUCCCAAAGCCAUACAGGUGUAGGAUUACUCAACGCGAACUUAACACCUGUCAGUCUUCAAAGGAUUUACUUAGACAAUUAAAUUCGCCUUGAAGAUAACCCAAAAAACCAGAGAUAGGAAAAGAGAAUAUAUAUAAAAAGAAGAAACCAUCCCAAAUAAUAAUUGUCAAUCGGCUCUCCCGCAGCGACAUAGAAAUUGGGCAAUUUGGUCAUGUCCGAUGAGAGGUCAAUUGAAAAGUGGACGCGCCAUUUGCAGGCCUCGUUAACGGAGCACGCGAUUCCUCAAGGACGAGUCAGGGAAAGAAAUAUUCCAUCUACGAGUGCACCGAAUAAUCCGCCUAUUCCCACGGACAAUACAAUGGCCAUUACACGAUUACAAUUCGUGCAUUGGUCGACCCUUCACUGUCAAGAUCCCAGGCGAACCCUCUACCAUCAAUCACAUCCAACCAUUAACGGAGUUAAAAUGGAUGAAUAAAAUCCAUUAGGAAGACACAAUGAAACCGAAUAACCGAGGCGAGUAACUCGACGUGAAGAAAACUCCUAACAAGAGUGAAGGUUCGCCGAGGGGGUCCAGGAAUAACAUCACCCCGCCGAAGUCGACGGUCUGAAUUCGGUGCAACGUCCGCGAGGUGAAUCACCUCCCGGGGCUUUGCGUAAACCGUCUGCCGGGCUUAAUUAUCGGCUUCGAUAACCGGGCGAUUGCCGUGCACGUGCGCUUAACAAUUGCGAUCGCCGAGCCAACCGUCUGCGCAAGUAAAAGUAAACAUUGAUAACGAGUAUCCCGCUGAUAGCGCGCAGAUCCAGCGGCUCGUUUCGGUUCCUGCUUCUUUAAACAUCCGCCGAUUUGCAUGUAGGUGUUGAUAAGGGAAAUCGUCGCCCAAGGGUCCGCUGGAUGAAUCCACGUCCGUGCACUAACGAGGCGUACUCCCCGACGACUGUGGAGCACGUGGCCAACGUGCUGACCCAUGGGAUAUGGGUGAUGCCUUCCCUGGUGGGGAUGCUCGAGCUGAUGCGAAGAUCUUCAAGUUGGAGGCAGCUGCUCUCGGCCUGCGUAUACGGGAGUUGCCUGUUGCUGGUCUUCGUGGUGUCCACGACCUUCCACAGCGUGCACUACUGUAAUCGCAAUAGGAAACUGAAGGACGUGCUGCACCGGUGCGACCGGGCGAUGAUAUACCUGUUCAUAGCCGCGAGCUACUUCCCAUGGCUGUACCUGAAGGAGUUCCCGAACCGGGAGGAGCUCUCCUCGAUGAGAUACCUGGUCUGGAUAAUGGCCGUCCUGGGUAUCCUCUACCAGCAAGUCUUCCACGAGCGCUACAAGAUGCUGGAGACGACCUUCUAUCUAGUCAUGGGCCUAGGUCCUAGCAUAGGGAUUAUAAACGUCAAGGAGAUCACCGACAUCGACGAGCUGAAAGCCGGGGGUCUGAUCUACGUCCUGGGGGUCUUCUUCUUCAAGUCGGACGGCCGGAUUCCCUGCGCCCACGCGAUCUGGCACCUCUUCGUGGCAGCCGCGGCCGGAUUCCACUACUACGCCAUCCUGAAUCACCUUUUCCCAAGUGUCGACGAGCAGGAGGGUACCCUGGCCUCGGCGGUGCCUCCUCUUCCAGGGCUCUUCGAGUCCCUCUUCGACUUGUGAUAGAAUUCACCCCGAGUGUCCCUCUUCGGGUACGAGCCCUCGCGUUUUACUCGCCUCCCGAGUCCUCGAGGACCUCGACCCAGGUCGGGGUGUCGACCCUCUUCCACGUAGGACUCGGGAGAACGAGAGAAUUCGAUUCUUCCUUUACGAAACGGCCUUACCUUCGACCUCUUCGUCCGACCCGAGUAUAUACGAACGUCUCUCCUUCCUCCGAAAUUAUUUUUUAAGGAGAAGGACUCCUUCCAAGGAUCCACCGAUAGGAUAUGCUCGUUGUACGAUAAAAAUCUAGAGAGAGAAUAAUUCUCGAGAAGGUAUAGCCAAAUCCUGGGAGCGUGGAAUUAAUUUCUAGGGACAUAGAAGGAAUUGCUGGGUAUAUAUAUAUAUAUAAAAAAAUUGCUGGGGACAUGCUAAAGAAAUGUCUGGAGAUGUGUGGAAAAUCCUCGGGAUCAGAGAUAGGACGUAAAGCCUAAGGUAGCUUUUAACAAGGUCGAUUGUCCUCGGUUAAAUGACAGUCACCUGUAAUGGCCCCUUUCUCAGAGUACCUGUAGGGAGAGCGAUGGGCUCCCACCUUUUUGAGGUAGAAAGAGACCGAUGGACUCCCGCCUUUGUGAGGUAGAAAGAGACCGAUGGACUCCCACCUUUUUGAGGUAGAAAGAGAGCGACUCAUUUCCAUGUCGUAUGUAGAAUAAGAGGGCGAGAAACUAGGCGAUCGCUCUCUACCAGGACCGGCCAAAACCGACCCUCGUGUGUUCCUCGACCCCCUUUAGACAAUUUAGAUCUCGCCCAUCUUGCCCUCCCUAAUACAUUAUACAGAAAAUAUGAGAAAAAUCGGCGACUCCCCGUUUUUCAAUUUUCUACCCCCGGGUGUAUAAUUCCUUCCUCGUAUCCCGGUAGUAGCCGACGAAGAAGGUCUUCCCCUCGCGAGAUUAGAUGUCUGAAAAUCGGGGAGGGAGACUGUAGGAAAAAAAAGAAAAAAAAAACUAAGAAUAAACCAAGUCACAAGAGUCUA